GAUCAAGUGGAGUCAGCCGUACGUCUGCAUCUGGGAGCCGAGUUACAACCGCGAGUUCGUCGUCUUCGUCGGCGUCGUCGGCCACUACGUACCACUGUGCAUCAUGAUCGUCUGCUACAGCCGCGUCGUCACCGUCGUACUGCGCAGGCGCGCCGUCGGCGCCGUCGCCACGACGAGCCGCGACAAACCGCCGGUGUCGACGACGUUGGCGAUGGUCAGCUGUAGUUCGAACGAGCGGCGCGGCGGUCGCUCGCCGGCUGUCGGGGCCGCGCCGCCCGCCGUGCGGACUCUGCACGUGUUGCCAUCUACCGGCAACGGCGGCGGAUCGACGAGCGACGCCGACGCGCCGAGCGCCGUCGACACGGCGACGGCGGUAAACGCCGCCAGACGGCAGCGCAAGCGCGAUCAUGAGCGUCACGUCGCCGUCACCCUUGGUUACAUCAUCGCGCUGUUUCUCGUCUGCUGGGGUCCGUUCUACAUCGUGUUUGACAUCAGCGCCUGGGCGCCCGACCUCGUCUCUCCGGGGCUCUACACGUUCUGCUUCUGGUCGACGUAUCUCAAUUCGGCGCUCAACCCUUUCGUCUACAACUUCAGCAACCAGGAGUUUCGCGACGCGUUCAAGAAAAUCGUACUGCUGCGCUGGCUGUGA